AGCUCCGAUCAAGAAUACGAAAUGGAAAAACGGACAGCAACGCAGAAUUUGAUUUUAAUAUUUAAUCGGUACAGUUUACGUGACCCGGAAGUUUGAUGGAGCGUUAGCUAAAAAAACAGUUGGCUAACCCCCACCACGUUCGUUCAAGCUGCACCAGAUAAGGCAGUCGGACCUAUCAGCCAUGGACACUUACGUUUUAUUUCGAGGAUCCAAGCGUGUUACUCUUAAGGAGGAGGACAUGACAACGGAGAAAAUUAGCAGGAUUUUCCAGGUUCAUGGCUCCAGUGUCUACAUUACUGAUGACACCAAUGUUGCCAUAUUUCCUGGAAACGAUGGUCACUUCAGCACCAUUGACCUCAGAGUAAGGGGGCAUUAUGAAGUGCAUGGAGAGAGUGAUGCUGUGGGGGAGCCAUCCAGUGUGCCUGUCCCCUUCGCCUUCCGCCGCCCAUCUAGUGUCGCUGCUGGUUCAGCUCUAACUGCAAGGCCUUCUCCAAGAGCACCAGUGACAAAGACAUACCAAAGGACAAUUUUUGUUGCUGAUCUUGUGGAAGGCAUGUUGGAAACAAGCAAAACCCUGACAGUUAGAUUCUCGGAAUUUGAGGCGUCUGUCAUGGGCAUCACAAAUAAAGUAAAUGAUGCCCUUGAACAUGAGGACUCCUUCAUUCUUACGGAUGGUCAGGGGAAACGGAUUUUGGAUACAGAAGGAACCAGAGGAGCCGCUUUUUGGAAACAAAAUGCUAGGAAGGUGUGUGCUGUGAAAGAAGGAGAUUUGCAGCAGUUACAAGGAAGCAAAAAAAGAAGACUGAGUCGGCGAGAUGAUAAUGGUCUAGAGGCAGUGUACGACACAAUUGAAGAGGUGGUCCUGGCAGCACAGGGUCUUCGGGAGGUGUCAAAUACAAUUAAGGAGCUGACACAUCUGGCAAGUUCCAACAGAAGAACACCAGUGUCCUUGACUGAGGCUGAAGCAGCUGCUGUUAAGGAAGCCUUUUCCUGUAUUAUCUGCAAGGGUCCAGUGGUCGACCCCAUGGUGUCUUCGUGUUGCCAUAGCAUUGUUGGCUGCAGGAGCUGCAUUGAACAAUGGCAGCAGAAUUCUGCAUUUUGUCCAAAAUGCAGAGCAGAUGAUUUUGGUAGAAAUGCACAAAAACUUACUGGAUUGUCUGAUGCACUGGCUGCACUGGACAAAAUACUGUACCAGUAAAACUGUACAGUAUUUACUUGUGUUCAUGCUGUUCAUCUUUAGUGUUUGCAUCUCUUGCAAUGUUUUAAUGAUUCACUCAAAGCACUUUUGACUGUUUAA